UGAUCAAAUAUGUCCUAAAAUGGCGGUGCAGCACUGAUUCUCACCUUAAUUUGUUGUUGUAAUAAUUGCCACCAGUCAGCACACGCUGGCUUCCCAGCCCUUGCUCCAUGCAUUUCCCUAGUCAAGGACACAAAAAUGAACAAAAUUAACAAGGAAGCAGAAAACCGGAAAGAAAUUAAGGGGAAAAGAGAUAAUAAUAAAAAAAGGAAAAAUAGUAAUUCCCUCCCAGGCCCAGACCUCCCAGUGCUAGUCCCACGCCUUCAAAUUCAAUAUUUGAACAAAACAUCCCUUACAAAUUGAAACCAUAAUCACCAAGAUUAAGAAUAAUGCUGACGGGCGCGCAAGCUGCAGCCCAUCCUGUGCGCCCGAAAACAUACAAUAAUCAUAUUAAUAUUCUUAUUUCAUUUUCUUCUUCUUCUUCUUCUUCUUCUUCAACCACCCGCUUUCUGAUUGUUAAUAUCAUUGUUGUGGCCUUCUCCUUGUGUUUUUGUGGUGCACAAUUGAACAAUGAAGCCGAAGCACUCAUCAAGUUCAAAAGUUCCUUGAUAAAUGCAGACCCGGCUCUUGCCGACUGGAAACCCUCCACGCCUCCCUGUUCCAAGAUUGGUGGUGGCCACUGGAUCGGUGUUCUCUGCACAAAUAAUGGCAACGUUUAUGGUCUGCAGCUUGAGAAGAUGGGUCUCAAGGGUAGAAUUGACGUCGACUCUCUCGCCCCUCUCCCUUUCUUACGGACGCUUAGCUUCAUGGGCAACAGCUUCGAGGGGCCAAUGCCUGAUUGGAAAAAGAUUGGUGCUCUCAAGGCAUUGUUCUUGUCCAACAACCAGUUUUCUGGUGACAUUCCCGGAGACGCUUUCAAGGGUAUGACUUCUUUGAAGAAAGUUUAUUUGGCAAACAACAAAUUUACGGGACAUAUUCCUACCUCUCUUGAAUCACCUAAACUCAUAGAGUUGAAGCUUGAGAACAAUCAAUUCACGGGCACCAUACCGGCAAUAAGCUCAGACAAUCUUAAGCUCCUCAACCUCUCUAACAAUCUAUUGGAGGGUCCAAUACCUGCACCUCUACUCAAAAUGGAUCCAUCCGGCUUCUCAGGUAACAAAGGGCUGUGCGGGAAGCCUGUGGGAUCCGAAUGCAACAGCAGUCCCCCAGACGAUGCUGUGCCAUCUGAUACUGAUAAGAGCAAGUCACCAUCAACCGCAACAAUUGCUAUAAUUGUAGCAUCUGUAGUAGUGGGCUUGUUUGUCCUCGUACUCUUAUUUGUUCUCCUAUCCCGAAAGAACCGGACUCCUCAAACUCCAGAAUUUGAGGGGACAGUUUCAGAGGGUAAUGCCACCCCAACCCCCCCCACCACCACCACCAGAAAAUCAGAGCAACAGUCAGGUAAGCUGUCGUUUGUAAGAGAAGACAGAGCCAAGUUUGACUUACAGGACUUGAUGAGGGCAUCGGCGGAAGUGCUGGGAAGUGGCAACUUUGGGGCGUCUUACAAAGCAGUUCUGGUGGACGGAGAUGCGGUGGUAGUGAAGAGGUUCAAACAAAUGAACAGCGUAGGAAAGGAAGACUUUCAUGAGCACAUGAGAAGGCUGGGUAGACUGGCACACCCCAAUCUGCUGCCUCUUGUGGCCUAUUUGUAUCGCAAAGAUGAGAAGCUGUUCGUGCUGGACUAUGUUCAAAAUGGGAGCUUGGCUGCCCGCCUUCACAGUAAACACACAGUGGAGAAGCCAGGUCUUAACUGGCCAAACAGGUUGAAGAUCAUCAAAGGCGUGACCAAGGGGCUUGUUCAUCUUCAUAACGAGCUUCCCAGCUUAAGUGUCCCUCACGGCCACCUCAAAUCCUCAAACGUGCUUCUAGACAAAGACCUCAACCCACUGCUCAUGGACUACACUCUGGCGCCAGUGGUGAACCCCAACCAAGUCCACCAAAUACUGGUGGCUUAUAAAUCACCAGAAUAUGCACAACACGGACGUACCUCCAAGAAAACCGAUGUGUGGUGCUUGGGGAUUUUGAUAUUAGAGAUCCUGACGGGCAAGUUUCUUGCACAAGGUUCCACUGCCGACUUAACAGCAUGGAUCAAUGCCAUUGUUGGGGAAGAAAGGGCUAAAGUUUUCGACAAAGAAAUGGAAAUCAGCACGGAAAGGUGCAGGGCGGAAAUGGAGAAGCUUUUACAGAUUGGAAUAGCUUGCUGCCAAGAGGAUCCGGAAAAGAGGUGGGAUUUGGAGGAGGCAGUGCACAAGAUCGAACAAGUUCAAGAGUCAUCCCUUGAUUAAUUAUUAAUUCAUAUACCACAAUACGUACUAGUUAACAACUACCUCAUCACCAUUCCAUCCUACCUAAAACUAUAUUGACAUGAUGAAUUCCUUCUUCAUCAUUCAUGUCUUACUUCCGUGCAUUAAUUAAUUAAUCUGGAUAUGAAUUAAUUUUUUUAUUUUUAUUUUUUUUUUGUAUAAAUCCUUGGAUACAUCGCCAGUUCAAGCAUCUUUUUUGUCAGUAGAUUAAUGAUAAUGUACCCUUAAUUUCUAUAUGCUACUUAGGAGGGAAGUAAAUACAGACAUUUUGGUGUGCGCUUGCACAAGCUAGCUAGAACAUUACGUCCAAAUGCUUGCAGGUAUAACAUAUUUAUACUAGUUACUCUUUUCUUUUUCUGCCAA